AUGACCACAGUUCCAACCAAAAAACCCUUUGGCCUUGUGACAGUGAUUGCCAGCAGUCACCUGGUCAUCAAGCCCUCCCAGCUGAUUCCCAAAACCCCAGUGCAGGCACCCCCAGUUAUCAAUGCAGGUGAUAUUCUCAUUCUCAGACUGUGCAUCCAUACACUAACACAACCUGCAGAACAACCCAUGCCAGACUUGCACCAAGCUAAACCAGCCCUGCACAACUUGGUUGGACAAGAGGACCAGGAAUCUGUAACUCCAGGUGUCACUGCUGUGACAACCCCCAAGACCCAGACAUGUGGUUGCAGCAAGACCAUCACUGCCAUCAAGGCACCUGCACCUGCACCAGCUUUCCCUGCUGCAGCACUUGACCUGCCCAUGCCGGAUCUCCAUGCCAUGGCAAUUGCAAUUCAGGAUGGUGCAGCUCGCAUUGCUAUUCUUGGUGAUUUGAGACUCAAAACUUGUAAAAAUGUAUGA